AUAAGUUGAAUAAUGGGAUAAAACACGAAUACUUGGUACGGCAUGGGACGGUAUUUGCGCGGUACCGACGCGUUUUACGUUGCGCGCCUUCUUUCCAAAAUGGCGGUCUGAACGAAUGAGAAAGUAACGAAAUCUAAAAUAAGCAUAGAGUUUCAGUGAAAAAUAUAUUACAGAAGAUACGAUUUCCAAGAGAACAUGCCUGCUAAAAGAAAAGCAAGUGCUAACAAAGGAGAUGACAAGUCCUCUCCAACAGCAACUUCCCGAAGGUUAGGCCGCAGUGCCUCUGCUGCCAGUAGUGCUGCUGUUGAAGUAGACAAUAACAAGAAGAGAAAGGCAAGUUCCAGCCCUGCUCCAGCCAAGAAAGGCAGACAGCAGAGUCCCAGCCCGGCACCUGUUUCUAGACAACCAUCAAGAGGCAGAGCAGCUGUGGCUAAAAAGCCAGAAGUCGAGGAAAAGAAGCCAACAGGACGUAGCAAAAGCAAUAAAAAGGAGGAGGGUGUGAAAGUGACAAAACCUGUGGUACAAGAGGCUGAAGAAAAGAAAGCACAAUCUAAAGGACGGAGCAGAUCUAGGUCUAGCACUGCUUCAACACCCAGUACACCAAAGAACAAAGCGUCGACUCCUAAACAAGCAGCCACUCCUAAACAAGCGUCGACUCCUAAGCAAAAGGCACAAACGCCAAAAACCAAGUCACAAACCCCUAAACAGAAGACACAAACACCUAAACAGGCAACACAAACCCCUAAACAAAAAGCGCAGACUUCAAAGCAGAGGAGCGAAACUCCGAAACAAGCAGCUAUUACCCCUAAACAGAAAUCAGCACCACGUGGAAAAUCAGCUACUCCUAAACAAGCUGACACCCCUAAAAGUCAAGGUUCAGCAAAGAAAGCAGCUGCAGCUAACCCUAAAAGGUCCCCAGUAGCCAAGAUGUCCACUACACCUACCCCUAAAAGGUCUCCAGUAGCCAAGAUGUCCACUACACCUAAAAAGUCUGAACAGAAAGCAAAGGUUACUCCUGCAUCUUCUAAGGGUAGAUCUUCCCGCAGUAGAAGAGGGAAGGAUGAUACACAAAAUGAAAGUGAAAACAAGAACGAACCAAGCGAGGAAGGACCCAGUGAGGAAAAGCCUGAUGAGAAAGAGCAGGGUGAGGUGAUACCCAAUGAAAAAAAUUCUGACGAGGAUAUAAAAAUUGAGGAAACAAAACCUGAAGAAAUAAGCGAUGAAAAAAAGCAUAAUGAGGAAGAACCUAAUAAGAAAACACAUGAUGAGGAAGAACCUAAUGACAAAACAUAUGAUGCGGAAGAACUUAAUGACAAAACACAUGAUGAGGAAGAACCUAAUGACAUAACACAAGAUGAGGAAGAACCUAAUGACAAAACACAUGAUGCAGAAGAACAUAAUGACAAAACACAUGAUGAGGAAGAACCUAAUGACAAAACAAAUGAUGAGGAAGAACCUUAUGACAAAACACAUGAUAAGGAAGGACCUAAUGAGGAACCACAUGAUGAGGAAAUGCAUAAUGAGAAAACACAUGAAAAGGAAAUAUCAAAUGAGGAAGCACAUGAGGAGGUGAUAGCCGAUGAGAAAACACCCGAUGAGGAAACUCCAAAUGCGGUAACACAAGAUAAGGAAAAGCCGGAUGAGAAAAAACAUGAUGACCCUAACAAGGAAAUACCAAACGAGAAAACAAAUGUCACAGCAGAUACAGACAAAGAAUUGAUGGAAACUAGUGCAACUGAAGAAAAUAGUGAAGAAGACAAUCAGAAAAGUGGCGAAGAUGUAGAUGAGAAUGAUAAUGGUAAGAGUGAUGUUGUUGAUCUGAAUGAAGAUUCAGGUGAUGCAUUAAUAAUAGGGGAAGAACGACCAGAGGUGGUUGAUCUAGAGGCGAUGGAAGAUGGGGCUGGGGAUGGACAGAUUAAAGACAAAGAGGUGGUUUCAAAUGAUGUUGAGGAGAUUUCAGAUGAUGAUGUCCAAGAAAUAAAACUUGGUCGGAAUGAAAGUGCCGUGCCAAUUAGCCAUGAUGAACUCAGUGGUGUUAGUGAUUCCAGCCACAAAAGAAAAGUUGAAGCAAUUGACGAUGAUUGCUUAGAUGCUCCUUCAGAGUCUAAAAAAGCAAAGGUUGAAGAGAUAGCUGAAAAUGGUGAUGUUGAGAGUGUUGAUGAAGUUGUUAAAGAAUAUGUUGUUAUUGAAAUGGAGGAUGUUCCAUCAGCAGACAGUGAAGAGGUGCAAAAAAGUGUUCCACACACCUCUGAAACUGUCAAUCCAAUUUUUAACAGAGUGUUUGUUCCCAAUCCUUCAUUUGCAGGUUCAUCCGACAAAUCUAGCCAUUUUUCAUUGGCUAGUUACAACAUUCUUGCUGAUUGCCAUCUAUUAAGAAAUGACUAUAGUUUCACCGAAGAGAAAUACUUAAAACCUGAACAUAGACUCGCUGCAAUUGUAGAAGAAUUAAAGUAUUUGGAUAGUGAUAUUAUCUGUAUGCAAGAAGUUGAUCCUACUUUCUACAGAGAGCACCUAACAUCAACUUUGACACAACUGGGGUAUGAGGGAUUUUACAAGAAGCGUACAGACGACUACUUUGUGGAAGGGGAGGCAACCUUUUUCAAGACCAGCAGGUUCACCCUGGUAGACUCCUCCCUCUGCAGGCUAGCAGAUCUCGUUAAUAAGGAGCUCACAGAUGAAAUAGACCCAGACAUUCGCACAGCGGUACAGGCCUACAUGGACCUUCCUGAUGUGUGUGUGAUCACCACCCUCAAGUGUAACAACACGGGCAAGAGUGUUACCGUUGGAAACGUGCACAUUAACUGGGGCAGGAUGAAAACACCAGACAUCCAGUGUGUCCAGUUAACAUCAGCAGUCAAAGAAAUCUAUAGGAUUGCCAGUGCCAUAAAGGAGAUAGUAUCACAGUCAAGUGGUGAUGCGUUCCCCCACAUCAUCUGUGGUGACUUCAACUCGCCGCCCCUCAGCGCAGGCUACCUGGUGGCCAGGGACGGAUACCCCAGCGGGGAUGAGACCAUCAACAGGCUGAUGGCCAUCGAGGGACUGGAGCUGCCGGAUGGAAAGAAGGCAUCCCUGGUGAACUCCCUCUGGCCGGCCUUCCAGCACACCUCCUCCUCUCUGAAGAGUGCAUACAUGGAGGCACAGGGUUCAGAGCCAGAAAUCACGUCAUACAACAGAGGGAUGUGUGAGUGUGUGGACUACAUCUUCUACAGCUCGACCAGCCUCGACAACGUGGGUGUGUACUCUGUGGCUGCUCGGGAGCGAAUCAUGUCGACCGGUGGAACCCCAGACCAGCACUUCCCAUCAGAUCAUGUCUCCAUUAAGGCUGUCUUAGCCUUCAAGAUGUAGAUGUACGAUGGUACUGGUGGCUUUCUUGUUGCUAUAUCAGGUUAUGACUGUUAAUCAUUGUAUAAGCCACACCGUUUAAUGAAGACAAUUGUUCUUGUACAGCCAAGAUCACAUCAUUCUGACAAGUGAGGACAUGUGGUUGUCAACUGAGGACACACACAAUAGAUUAGCAAAACUUGUGCUGUAUGAGUUGCUUUGUGGGAAAACUUGGCUUAAUGCAUGUGUGUAAAGUAUUGCCCCAGAUGAGCCUGUGAAGUCUGCACUGGCUAAUAAGGACUUACACUUUUCACUUUACAUUUUUUUUUUUAAAGGAAGUCUAUUCUAAAUGAAAAUUCAGUGAAGGCGGAAAGUGUUGUCCCAGAUUAGCCUGUUUGGAUUGCACAAUCAAAUCUCUGUGCAGACACUUUACGGACAUGCAUUAAGUCCAAUUUACUGAGCACAUGACUCCUAUAUCUCCAAGGCAUCAUUGUUGUUGUUAUAUUUUAAACAUUGUGUAGUCUUCUAUUGCACCAGUUUCUAACAUUGUUAUUUUUAUUACCCAUUUUUUGUGAAAAUCAUUAUAAGGGUAACUCGGGAAAUUCAUUAUUCAGCCAUGCUUUCAUUCAGUUAUAUAAAUGAAUAUUUUGUUUAUGAUGCUAUUGUUCACAUGGAAAUGUUUAGCUAGUUGAACAUGCUCUUGAAUUUGCUUUGAAUUUUUUCCCACUCUUAUUGACUUUUGUGUGGGAAAAUUCUGUACAAAAUGUGUAUUCGACUGCAAAUCUGUUCGCAUUGUAGUGUAUGCUAUGAAGAAUUUUUUUAGGCAAUAUAAAAAUUAAAAAGGCAUUGUUGUGCUGCAAUACUUAAACAGUGAUCAAGUGCUACAAACUGGCAUCUGUAAAUGAACAUUCUCUUGGUAAAAAAUGUCUAUUAUUCUAAUAUCCAAUGACCAUUUUCUUUGGAACCAAAUAGAAUAUGUACUGGAAUUCAAUGUUAUGAAUCCUUGACAGAUAAAGAUAGUUUGUUGAUAUAAAGUGUCUUUGUAAGGUUGAUGCUUUGAUGUUCGUUCAGUAUUUGAAAGAAAGACACCAGGAACAUGGUGUAAUUGUGUAGUGCUGUAAUUCAAUUAAUUGCAAACCAAUUACAUAAGGUUUUUUGUACUGUUGAAACAAUACUUGUACCAUAAAUUUUGUGUUUUAAAAUGGUGUUUGUCCAUGUUUUUCAGCGUUGAAUAUUUGUAAAUAGUUCAAGUUAAUUGUUCAUGUAUUUCAGUUAGUAUUGUUUUAGUGUUUUGUAUGUCUGCAAGUGUUAGUUUGGAUUAUCUUUCACUUUCAUAAUGUUGACGUAAUUUGUCACACAGUUGCAUAAUUGUUUAAUCGAGACCAGCCAUUCUUAAAAAUUUCAAAGCAAAAAAAGCCAAGCAGAUAUGCUCACAUAAAACAAUAUCAGUCUCGACAAUGUUCAACACUGAUAUUCAUAACUUUCUCUUGGAUCAUCUUGCUAAAAUAUGUGCAGCUUUUGCAUAUCCCAUCUUUUUAGUGCGUUAUAUACCUUGUGGCUAUUUUGAAGAUAUAACUGUUUUUAGAGAAAUAUAUUAUGUCCUGAAAUUGUAUUUUCAUCUGUAGAUAUAAAAUGACUAAUUAGAUCAAUUAAACAGUGAUUAUUUAAAAGUGGCAAGACCUUGUUUACAGCGGCAUAUUUUAUUGGGUAGGUUAGAUUGUAUUUAUGAUCUGGGUGGGUUACAUUAUCAAAUGUAAACAUCUGAUAUUGUUGUCCUUAACACACCAUGUAAUUUUUGAAAUGUAUGUGAGAUGAUAAUGAACAUUUUUGUGUUUAGGUUAGGUAUGUUUAUUUGCAGUUAAUGAUUGUUUCAUGAUUAUGCAUUUGCUUUUAAAUGUAUUUUGGCUUUCCUGUGUUUGCUUGUAUGUAGUUGUAUGUAGUUUUUUUUUUUUUAGGUUUGAAUUCUGCUUAAACUCAAAUUAAUACAGCCCUUACAUUUUGAAGAUGUCAAAUUAAAAGCAAGAGUUGCACUUCUGGAGUACCGGUACAUCUUGCGAUCGUAGACUUGUAUUGACUAUCAAUCAAAUUUUAUAUUGUUUUGUUUCAAAUACAUACAGUGGUGUAUGAUAUGUUUUGUUUUGACGUAUAUUGCAUUUUAUUUUUUUCACUUGACUGGAUAUAUUUUGUUUUGAUUAAAUUUUAAUUUACAUUAAAUCUUGCAUUUUUUCUAAUGUUUGGUCCCAAUUUUGAAAUAUUUUGAGUUAAACAAUGGCCAAGGGAGGUAUGUUUUUUCUUUUAGGUGGCAUUUCUUGUGGCAUAAUUGAUGCAAUGAUAAAAUGCUAUACAUUGCUACCCUCUAGUCAUAUCUUUUGAAGUGUUCAUUAAAUCACUUCCACUUUAAGCUUUAAAAUUUAAAUGGAUUGAUUACUCUUCAAUCCAUGUGAAAGAUAAGAAGUUAUUACAUGACAAAGGGUCCAUUUUACUUGUGGAUUUUACGGGAUUGCAUCAUUUACACCAGAUGUUAUUGAAUACAAAUGAUCAGGAUCAUUAACUUUACUGUUUUAUUUUUAGUUUUUUUUAUAUGUAAAAAAAACCCUUUAUAGUGUGUCUUCACGCUCCACUCAACAGAUUUUAGGUAACAUUUAUCAUCAAUAUUUCCUUAAAUGGAAUCAUUCCCUGUUGGAAAUCACUGGUAUAGUGUUUGUUUGCAUACACUUUAAAACAGAUAAAACGAUGCCAAUUCAUUUGAUUUGUACAUUGUGUAAAUUAUUUAUAGUUUUACUUGUUAGCAGCGUUAAUUUUAAAAGUUUCUAAUAUGUUUUUAGUCUUGAAACAAUAAAUUGUAGGUAAGCCAUGUUAUCAGUUAUUAGUAAGAACGUCAUAGCGUUACCGAGGUAAACGUAAAUAUCCUUUAUUAAGAGAAAAGUCCUCCAAUAUGAACGUCAAAUGAAUAAGAAAUGCCUCAAUACCCAAUUUUAUAAGCAAAAUAAUAAUACGAAUUUAACAAAGUGACUUAUAAUAAGACAAUGUUGGAAUAGUUUAUCUGGUGAUAUUUUGCAGCACUAUGCACCUUUUUACACAGGAUCUUCCCUUGUUGGGUUGUCUUUGUUGUUGUGUGUGUAUAUAUUGUGCAGUAUCGAAAGUGGUGCAAAGGAAUGUCAGUUAAGGCAAAGGAACCGUAGUAUUGCUUAAUAGAUAAAUAUGCCAAAAGCAGCUCAUGAUUGUUUUUAAAGGUGUGAAUGAGAUUUGUUUUGGAAUUUUGUAAUCAGAAAUGUGGUUUUAGAAUUGUUAACUCCCCUUUUUGCUAUCGUAGCUUAUUUCAUGCAUUGAAAUUCUAUUGAUAAAUUGGCGAUGUUGAAAUGUUUUAUGUGUACACAUUAUUGCACAUGUAUCUUCUUAGUACCAUGCAUACAUGUAUUGUUUUCCACAUGCGAUUUUUUUAACUGUUCCUACUUGUAGAUCCAUCUAUGUAUUAGCCUCUUGAAUGUUUUGCUUAACAUGUGUUUACCAUGAAAGAUCAUUAACGGUAAUAAUCAGAGACUUCAUUUUGUUAACAUAAGAAUUUCCAUCGUAUUUUUCCACUUUAUUCAAAAUGCGUUAAUCGAAAUUGUAUAUUUUUGUUCAUAGUUCGAAUAAAAUGUGGAUUUGCA